AUGAACACUCUUUCCGGUGGCUGGACGUUUCCUACGUUUGGAAUCGCGACGCUUCUUGUAUCAGUUGGAGCCGUAGCAGGCGUUUGGGCAAUAAAGACGACGAUGGAUGUCCAAGAUACCCAGGAAUUUGCUCGCAAAAUGCGUCGGAUUGUUCUGACUCGUAUGCCUAUGCUUUCAGCUCGUAUUCAUCGGGUUCUCGACGACGGCGGAGACGAUAACACGAUUGAUUCCACGGACUGGAAUUGGGAGGAUGCGGAAAGACGUCUUAGGGACGCGUACGAAAAGGAUGGUAUAGUGGCAUGGGCAGAGGCUACAUUGAAGGAACUUCGGGCGGAAGAACACUCAGAACGGCUGAAACGGAAGGAAUUAGAAGAUGCGCACGCAUAG